AUGUCUGGCCCAGCAGCCUAUACAAACCCUCACGCCCAACAGGCUAGCAUGGUGGAGGGUCCGCGCCCUUCAGCUGCCCUGAACCCUCUCGCCACGACGACGCAGGACCUGAAAACGGUCAAGACAGGGACCCAAUUUGCACUCCGAGAAUAUUUGUCCCUGCAAAGAAAGAGAGGUCGACUGGAUGGUGCUAUGUCGUUGGAGUUGGAGGAUCAGAUCAGGGCUCAAGGUCGUGUCCUGCUAGGUGAUCUCAAGAUCUUACGGAAGGAGGUCGGAACACUUAUCAAAGAUGGCGAAAAUCACCGCUGGCGAAACUGGCUCAUCGGUGGAGCUGUAGCAACGUUCAUCCCAGCUGUAAAGCGCAUCUUCCGCCGCCCUUCCGAUAAGACGGAAACCGACGUUCAGGCGUCCAACAGCACCGAGUACGCAUUCUGGCGCAGCAAAGCACUAGUAGCCCGCAUCAAGGACAGUCUCCUGGGUCGCAACAGCUUCGCCAGCAUCGCCUUCUUUGUCUUUGCCGUACUCUACGUCUUCACCAACGAGGUUUCUCUGCAGGUGGCCAAGACCGUGUCAAAGAGAUUGAAGCGACUAAGUGCAAAGAUCGAGAGGGGUGACGUGGAGGUUGUCGACCAGGACAUGAAGUUGCUCGAAGGCUGGCGGUGGAGAGUCCUUAUGUGGGGGCAGUGA